CGCUAUAUAAAGCGAGGCGAUCUCCCAACAUAGCUCCCCGUACUUGUUGCAGCCAUAUCUUGCGCUAGCUUCUCUUCUCGCUUCCCUCCGCGUGCACCGCCAUUGCCCUGUCCCUUGACCUGAUCUAAUAGGAUUGAUCGAUACAGUAGCCCUAGCUGACAGUCUUCUAGUUACACCUUGGAGUCCAUGGAAGCACUAUGGGUUGUUGCCUUGGUCAUGGCCGUGGCAUUCAUCCUGUGGGCGUACAGAUGGAGCCACCCCAAGGCGAACGGCCGGCUGCCCCCGGGCUCCCUCGGCCUCCCUCUCCUCGGCGAGACCAUGCAGUUCUUCGCCCCUAAUCCUACAUGCGACGUCUCCCCCUUUGUCAAGGACAGGGUGAACAGAGCUUGCUCUGACAUUGAUUGGGUGUGUGCGCAUAGGUACGGUACCAUCUUCAAGACCAGCGUCGUCGGCCGGGCUAUGGUGGUGUCGGCAGACCCGGACCUUAACCACUACGUGUUCCAGCAGGAGGGCAAGCUGUUCGAGAGCUGGUACCCGGCCACCUUCACCGAGAUUUUUGGCCGGGACAACGUCGGCUCCCUGCACGGGUUCAUGUACAAGUACCUCAAGACCCUCGUGCUCCGCCUGUACGGCCAGGAGAACCUCCGGGCUGUGCUCCUCGCCGACACGGACACUGCCUGCCGCGCCACCCUCGCCUCCUGGGCUGACCAGCCGAGCGUCGAGCUCAAGGACGGCCUCUCCACCAUGAUCUUCGACAUAACCGCGAAGAAGCUGAUCGGUUACGAGCCAACCAAGUCGUCCGAGAGCCUGAGGAAGAACUUUGUGGCCUUCAUCCGGGGGCUUAUCUCCUUCCCGGUGAACAUCCCCGGCACAGCGUAUCAUGAGUGCAUGAAGGGGAGAAGGAACGCCAUGACCGUGCUCAAGAGGAUGAUGAGGGAGAGGAUGGCGGACGAGGGGAGGCAGCCUGAGGACUUCCUCGACGUGAUGAUCGAGGAGCUAAGGAGGGAGAAGCCCGUCCUCACCGAGACGGUGGCGCUGGACCUCAUGUUUGUCCUCCUCUUCGCGAGCUUCGAGACUACUGCCUUGUCCCUCACGCUAGGCAUCAGGCUCAUUACCGAGAACCCGAAGGUGCUCGAAGCGUUAACGGAGGAGCAUGAGGCGAUUGUUAGGGACAGGAAGGACCCGGAUGCCGGCCUCACGUGGGCAGAGUACAAGUCCAUGACCUUCACCUCUCAGGUCACGUUGGAGAUAGCAAGGAUAGCCAACAUCGUGCCCGGGAUUUUUCGGAAGGCCUUGCAAGACAUUGAAUUCAAAGGCUACACUAUUCCAGCAGGGUGGGCAGUCAUGGUGUGCCCUCCAGCAGUGCACUUAAAUCCCGAAAUCUAUGAAGACCCGUUGGCGUUUAAUCCAUGGAGGUGGCAGGAUAAGAUGGAAAUCACCGGUGGAACAAAGCAUUUCAUGGCGUUCGGCGGGGGUCUCCGGUUCUGCGUCGGAACUGACCUCAGCAAGGUCCUGAUGGCGACCUUCAUCCACUGCCUGGUGACAAAAUACAGAUGGAAGACGGUAAAAGGAGGUAACAUAAUGCGUACCCCAGGACUGAGCUUCCCAGAUGGCUUUCACAUUCAGCUCUUCCCUAAGAACUGA